UGGAUUCUGUAAUGCCUAUGCCUAAGGGCGGAAGUCCCAGAAACACGUCAGGCAACAUUAUGUUUUGUGCUUUAAAUGUGGAAGAAUAAAGAUUCUGGUUUUUAAAUAGGUCCGGUGCUGCGGACCUCCAUUUUUUUCUUUCUUAUCUACUCUUACGCCAAGGGACUUCCGAACCCGACGAACACGCUGAUAGACCCUGCCAUCUGUUUCACAUCAAGUAGUGAGCUUGGAAAGCAGCUCGAGAGUUUUUACGGCAAUGUCUGAGAAUCUGGUGUACUUGGUCACUGGAGGAUGUGGUUAUAUAGGGGAGCACAUUGUAAAGCUCCUGGCCAUUCAGGAAUAUGUGAAAGAAGUGAGGGUUUUUGACAUGAAUGAAAGUGAAGAAAUCAUGAGGUGCAAUACAGCUUCCACCUCUGUAAAAUUUAUUAAGGGAGAUAUAACAAACUAUGAACAGCUCCUAAAAGCCGUGGAAGGGGUCCAUGUCGUUAUCCACACAGCUGCUCUACUAGACAUUUUUGACACAGUCCCCUUUAAAAAAAUGAAAGCCAUCAAUGUUGGAGGUACUGAGAAUGUGAUCAAUGCGUGCCUUGCUAAGGAUGUACCCUACAUUGUGUACACAAGUUCCAUAGCUGCUGUAGGUCCUAACAUUAAUUCAGAACCAAUGAUCAGAAUCUCUAGAAUAAUAAAUGGAACCCUUUUCCCUGGCAUAGCCUUGCCUGGCCUGUCAUGUUCAAGGGCCACAGAGGAGACAGUGUAUACUGGUGAGAUAGAACUGUCAUAUGGCAAAACUAAGCAACUUGCAGAACAAUUAAUUCGUCAGGCAAAUGGCAAACAGACAAGCCAUGGAAAACAGCUGGCCACCUGUGUGAUUCGACCAAGUAACAUAUAUGGUGAAAAAACAAGCAAUUUGUUGGACGCCUAUUUGUCUGCCAAAGCUAAAAACAAUGUUAUAAAUUAUAUUGAACCUGAAAAUAUAGAUGCUCAAUAUGCAUAUGUUGGUAACGUGGCUUGGAUGCAUGUCCAGGCAGCGCGGCAUUUGUACCUGAAGCCGGAACUUCUUGGAGGUGAAGUGUAUUAUGUAUAUGACAGCACUCCAAUGAGACAACGAUACAAGCUCAUUUACGAACUGUUCACUCAAGUGGAUCCCAGCAUCCAAAUGGGCCACCGCAUUCCUUACUGGAAGAUGUGGUUAAUUAUUAAUAUCUACAACAUUAUUCAAUAUAUUGUGAGACCAUUUUGGAAUUUAAAGCCAUUCAUGACAUUACCGAUUUUGAAUAUAAUCGUUACUUCAUUCUCUUACGAGACCGACAAGGCAUUCAGACACUUUGGAUACCAACCUUUGUUCAACUGGGCUGAGUGUAAGAAAAGAACAUGUGAAUGGCUUAAAAAUGUGGUUCAUGACGUACCAAAACAGCAUGGGAAACACAAAGAAACCUAGGCCUGAUUUGUGAUCAUUGUACUAAAUAUAAAUGUCAUGUAUUCUGCAAGUACCCAUAAUUCUACAUAACCCCUAAAAUAUGGUCAUAUCUGUUAUGUAUCCGGCUGACAUUCUGGAAAAUAUCUGAACACUAAAUGGCUUUACAAUAUGUUUUAUACAACAUAACGUAAAUGCUCUACAUUUUAUUCAUGAAAAUAUUUUGCUUGGCCAAACAUCUGGUAUCAGAAACUAAAAGGAACAUACACACAGCACUGCUAGCCCUUGCCAGAUUAUGUGGUGGCACAGCCAAUAAUGAAGAUUCGAGCAUCUGGUAUAUGUUGUUGAUGUGAGUGGGUAUUCUGGCUGGUUUAACUCCGAAUAAACAUUAUUCCAUGCUUCAUUUAUAUUAUAAUGUUAACACAACUAUGUAACAACUACGCAGCUAUGUAAUCACACAAGUGUAUGUUGUUUUAAGCAAAAUGAGGAUGAAAAUACUUUGGCAAAGAUUUAUUAAAAUACCAGCAAUUUUCAUUA